AUGUCUCUUACUAGCUUGAGAUUUUGGAUCCUCUUCCUCACAAGUUUCCUGAUUCUCGUCCUUUUAUUUUCGGCCAUCUCACCCGGGGAUCGAGACUUCAUCCACCCCCGACUUCAACUCGACCAGUCUGGAGCAUUGACCAUUGCCAUCUUCGCAGAUCUACACUAUGGCGAGGAAGAGAACGGAUGGGGUAUCGAUCAAGAUAUCAAGUCAACGCAUGUGAUGCGUAAUGUAUUAGGCAUGGAGUCGCCCAGCCUCGCCGUUAUCAACGGGGACUUCAUCACAGGCGAGAAUACAUUUCGGGAGAACAGCACUGAAUACGUACAUCGCAUUGUGGCACCACUAGUUGCCCACGACCUCCCAUGGGCGAGUACCUACGGAAACCAUGACUCGAAAUUCAACUUGUCACGUGAAGCUUUAUUCCAGACGGAAACAUCCUAUCCUCAGUCUUUGACCAGACAAAUGGACCCGAGCCUACCUGGUAUGACGAACUAUUACUUGUUGAUCUACGGUCCUCCGUCUGGAAAUGAAGAGCGGCCGGUCGCUGUCUUGUGGUUCUUCGACAGCCGUGGGGGCGCAUCAUACCAGCACGAACCCGCAAACGAAGACGACAUCCCCAACUGGGUGGCUCCAGAAACCGCACGCUGGUUCUCCACGCAGCACCAGAACCUCAAGGCGGAUUAUGGUAUCCUCCUCAGUCUAGCCUUUGUACAUAUCCCUCCUCACGCCUUUCUCGACGCCCAAAAGGGAGGCUUGGAUCCCUCGCACUUUCCCGGCGUCAACGAUGAUGUACCUGUCGCCAUCCAAGGAAAAGGUAGUGAAGAUACUGCUUUCGUGGAUGCGCUGCUCGCAACUGAGGGGCUACACAGCAUAUAUGUUGGGCAUGAUCACGGGAAUGCGUGGUGCUCGACAUGGCCUGGGAGAGAGAAGGCCCCCUUCUUGUGUUGUUCGAAACAUUCUGCCUACGGCGGCUACGGGACUUGGAAUCGUGGAGUGCGAAUGGUCCGGAUAUCAUUUGGUGAUGGCGCGAAAGGGUGUGAGGUAGAAACGUGGGUAAGAAUGGAGAAUGGAGACAUUGUAUCGCGAGUCUCUCUGAAUGAAACUUAUGGGAUCGACGUGUACCCAACCGCUGAUGGGGAAUGA